GUGUCGGCGGCCUCCACCAACUGGAUGAGCCGGAAGAUCAAGCAACUGGAGAACGAGAAUCAUCGCUUGGUGAGGCAGGCUGCCUUACAAAAGACAAGGGAAGCGACAUUCCGGUCUCACUUGCACAAGUUCUUCACUGCGGACCAACUGGCAGCUCUAUCGAGAUCCAGCAACAGGGGGUCCAAGUGGUCUAAUGAGACGGUGAAGAAGUCGCUGCAGAUGCGAUCUGCAUGUGGCAGCUUGGGCUACGACUUGCUACUGGAGGGGAGCUUCCCAUUGCCGUCGUCUAGAACUCUGGGGCGGCGGCUUGAAGGUGAGCACUGCCCUACGGGUCCUCAGUCACUCCACAGCCACUGCCCUGCACUUCCUGGUGGAGAAUCAUGGCUGGAGCACCAAUUUCCUCACCACGGCUUGGUUCUUGGAACAGAGGCACGAGACCCAUGUCCCCUCCAUGGUCAUCGGUUGCAGCUUUUGGGUCUGUCUCAUUUUAUUUCAUUGUAGUUGCAGACUUAAUUAUUGUCAGGUAUCUGUGUGUUAGUUCGUUUGCAGUAGACCUAACUGCCGCCAUUUCCUUUCCGUGAGUUAGUCUUUGUCGGACGCUCGUACUCAGUGUAACAGGUGCAAGGGCUGGGUUUUGUUGCU